CUCUGUAUGUUAUUGGGUUGGGGUUGGUUUGGUGUGAAAUUGAAUCCUUUGAUUUUGAUUUGUUUGGUUGGAGUUUGAAAUGCUGCAGCUGCUAUUCGCGGUGGCUUUCUCGGCGGUGCCUUUGACCCUCUACGUGCCGCCGAUCCGAAGCAUCAACCUGUUCGUGGAGACAAUCGAAGACUUUAUCCGCCAAACCGCCGCUUACAGCAUCAGACUUUACCCUCGCCUCCGCCUCGCCUUCUCUCGUUUCCUCAACUCCCUCCACUUCUCCAGGUAGACCCCGAACUCACGCCCGAUUUCCUCAAUUCUUCUUCAACCCAUUACAUUGCUCAGCUCACCCGACCCGACCCGAACUACCCGAGUUAAUUUUUAAUUUUUAAUUUUUUUUAAUGUAUAAUUUUCUUUUAGUUUUUAGGAGGGAUGGGUUUGUAAAUUGUGAGUUGUUUGUGAUGUUUUAAUUUUGUUGAAGGGGUUGUUGUUCAUGAAAUUAUAUGAUUGGGUUGGGAGAUUGAAUUUUUAGUUUUUUUUUCUUUUUCUUUUUUAUGGGAUUUUAGUC